CUAGUAUUCUCAUCAAACGAGUAACAAUCAAUGAUAAAAAUGAACAAAUCUGAUCUAUACAUCCAUAAUUGACCUAAGCGAGCUUAAAAUUAAAGUCCAUACUCAAUAUGCAAUCGGCAGGCAAUCAUCGUAUAGUCCGUUGAAUCCAAUAUCCCAAUGGUAAACAGGUGCAAGUACGGAACAGCCUUGGGUAAUAAUUCCAAUAGGUGUCUCCUGCUGACACUUCGAGAUGAAGCCAGUCACGAGUCACCUGCAACCAAGUCCUGGCCCCCAAAUCCCCUUCACUCCACUUCAGUCGACCUAAUCUGUUCCCAUGGAAGAGCUAACGAAAUCAACUGGUUGGAAUGCUGAAGUUUUGACGACGUUUUCUGUACACGACAAAAUAUGUGAGCCGCACCACGAUGUCUAUGCCUUGUAUAUCAGUUUAUUCCUGUGCGUAGGACUGGUGGUGUCUUACCUUCCGCAACACUAUAGAAUUAUAUCCAACAAAACCAGCGAAGGUUUCAGCGCAUGGUUUUUGUUGCUUGGAGUUGUUUCGGCCACGUCAAGUUUUCUUAAUAUCAUAUUACUACAGUGGGAUGCCAUCACUUGCUGCAGCAUGCUGUCUACAGGAUCGUGCUUAGAAAGUCUGAUGGGAGUAUUCCAGAUUGGAUUGCAGUGGUGUAUGUUUUGCAUCAUUUUCAUCCUAUUCUUACUCUACUUCCCUGAAGAACUCAAGCAUGCUCCACAUAAACCCAGUUCUUUGCAUUUGGAUUUACCAAGGGGCGUUGAACGCAGUGCUGAAUGGAAGAUAUCUCUGGGCAUAGCUGUCACCUGUGUCGUUCACUUGGUUGCGUCGGUGAUCGUUACAGCUGUUCUCCUGAAAGUAGUUGGUGGCCCAGAACAUUAUGCCACCAAUCUUUGGGCAUCCAUACUUGGCAUUCUGAGCAUGAUAUUGGCCGCUUUCCAGUACUUACCGCAAAUUUGGAAAACUUGGCGCAGAAAGACUGUGGGAGCUCUGAGCAUUCCUAUGAUGCUACUCCAGACACCAGGAUCUGCACUUUUUGUAUAUUCCAUUGCUACACGACCUGGUACCAACUGGACGGCAUGGAUCACCUACAUGGUGACUGGCAUACUACAAGGCACCCUGCUUGUCAUGUGCAUAGUAUGGCAUUACCGUAGCAAGCGACUUGGCAUUGAUGAAAUCCAUAGCAGUCAAGAAGAUGAACCAUCUGAACGCACUGCACUUCUUAAUGCCUCUGAGUAGUUGUAGCUCAAUAAUUAUGAUAGUGCGGCUCUAACGGGGGAGCUACUGCUGUAUUUAUGUCAAUGCAUUCUUUUCUUUAAUUUCAGAUGUUGCGUUCAUAUAAAAAAACCCCCUCUUCCCGCUGAGAAAAUUGGCUUUAGGUCAAAGUGGAGGAUGCAACUCCUAUGAUUUUAGAGCCGAUGCCAGACCGCGAACUAAUGUACAGUCUUGUGG